AUGUCAUCGGAUUAAAAGAAAUAGAAAAAAGAGAAAAUAAAAAUAUAACCAAACAAAAAUGUGAAUAUAGAGGAUUACAUUGUGAAUACUGUUCAUAGUAAUUUUUAAGAGUUUUUUGAUUAUAAAAAAGAAUUAUGUGGAUUACCUACUUACAUUACGAUGAAUAAUGACUUAGUGUUUGUUGGAAUGGAAUAUUCAUACAUUUAUGUUUUCUAAUAAGUAAUUAUUAAGUAAACAGUUAGGAUAAUGAUUUUAAACAAGGAUAUAAAAUACUUGGAAAGGAUACUCAAAUUUAUAGAGGUUAAGUGAAAAUGAUAUAAAUUUCUAAUGAUAACUAAUUAUUAUUAGUGACAUAUUCAAAUAAUGAGUUUGUGAUCUUUAGUUUGAGAGUAAAAUUAAUAAAAAUAUAAAUAAUAAGUCCUUCAAAGAGGUUUUGCAGCAUAGAUACUAACAUCUAAAAUAUGCUUAUAUGGUGCCUUUAUCGAUUAAUUAAGAGCAUUUACUUUAAUUAAGAAAGGAAUAAUAUUAUGAAAUAAUUGUUCAUUUGGAAAACAAUUAUUUAUUAAAGGUUCCUUUAGAAGUAAAUAUUACUACAUUAGAACAAAAAAUAGCAAUUCCAAUUUAUAAAUUUGGUGAACCUUGUGAAAAAUAAAAGAUCAAACAUAAUAGACAUGCUGUAAAUUUUUAGAUUUAGUAUUAUAGAAAGUGAUUGAAAAUGAUUAUGUGAUACCUUAAUUAUCUAUAAUUUAAGAUGUAUCAAUAAUGGAUACAUGUUAUGAAGAAUUUAUAUAAUGUAUGGAUGACAGAGAAAGCACAGCUUCAUUUGGAAGUCAAUUAGAUUAAUCUCCAACAAAAAAAAAGAAAAAUAAUUUCUUUAAAUCUUUAUUUUAAAGUAGCACUAAUUCAAAAUAAGAAUAAACAGAAGAAACAAAUGAAUAUGUAUUUAGCACACAAUUUGUAAUAUUUAAUCAAAUAAUUUAAGUAUUUAAUGGCUGUAGGAUUUGUUAAUAAAAUUUAAGUUGUUAAAGUAUUUUUUGGUAACAAAUUAAAUGAAGAACAAUCAAAAAUUUAAUUAUUAUUAAACUUUUAAAGACCUGAUGCUUAGAUUUAUAAUAUAGUUUUUAAUUAACCUUUAGCAAAUGAUGAAUAUAAUUCAAGAUGUUCUUGUGCUUGGGGUUUAGGAAGUUUUAAGGAAACAAAUAAGAGAUAUGUAUUAUUAAUUAUAAAUUGGGGAUACAGGGAAUAUUAUGCUUUUAAAGUAAUGUCUAGUGAUUACAAAAUUUAAGUAAUUUAAGGAGGUCACUUUUAUAAUUCAGUAGAUUUAACUUAAUUAAAAGAAUUCCCUAUAGUAUGCAAUUUUAUAACAAAUUCUGUGUUUUUUUCAGUUCAGAAUAAUAAAUUAAAUUAGACAAUUAUAAAAUUAAUGACAACUUCUUAAUUUGAAUUUGGUGUUCCAUUCACUUUGAGUUAAAUUGAAAAGCAUUUUAAUUAAGAAAAGCAUAUCUAAACAUUGCAAAAUGGUCAAUAUAAUCCUAAGUUUUAUACUUUUGUAAGAGAAAAUAAGUAGGAGGUUACUAUUAAUUAAAGUGUAAUGGAUUCAAUUAAUGAUGGUUAUUAGAUAUCAAAUGAUAUAAUUUUGAAUUAUAAAUAAUUGCAUCCAAAUUGUAAGAUUUCUAAUAAAAUUUAGUAUAAAUAAUUUAUAAAAAUGAAUAGUGUUAUAUUUUAAAUGGAACAGAAUUAUAAUCUAUUCGUCUAAAGAAAUGGGAUGAAUUAUUAUUUGAGUAAAGUGAUAAUAAUGAAUGGGAAAAAUGUUUUUAAACUGCAGUAGACAUCCAUAGAGGUUAUUUGACUUUAUUAUGCAAUAUACCUGAAAAUGAUGUUUAAAGACAUUUCUGUAUAAAAGAAACAUGCUGUAAAUUAGGAUUACAAUAUAUGCUAUCAUAAUUACCAAAUAAAUAAUUAAAAAACAGUAAAUCAGUUUUAACUAUAAUGUAUUUCUUAAUAAAAACUCAAAAUGAAGAAUAUUUAUUUGAAUCAAUAGAGGAUCUAAUGGUAGGAUGUGGUUAUAGAAAUGUGUUUUAUGAUUAUUUAAGAGAAUUAUUGUAAUAACAUUAAGUUAACAUUCCAUAUUAGCAUUAAUUAAAAGUUUUAAAGAUGUUUAUUGAAAUGGAAGAUAAGGAAACUUGUACUAAAUUAAUAAUGUCAAUAUAAAACAUAUAGAAAUAUGAUCCAAAAGGAUUAAUAGAUUUUUGUUUAGAGAAGGAUUUAAUAGAACCGAUGAUGCAUAUUUGUUCAUAAAUUAAUGACUUUCUGACACCUUAUUUAAGAAUCUUAACACUUGUUAGUAUUUUAUCAAGUAAGAAUGGUUUAACUGAAGAGGAGAAUAGAAAUAUUACUACUUUGAGUUUGGAUUAAUGUAAAGGAUGUCUUUUCAGGUAUUUGAAUUAAUUAAAUAAGUUUUUUAUCAUUUUGUUUUACUGGUCAAAAUCAAUAGAAUCCAGAAUCAUUUUUUACUGAUAGACAGUUCAAAGCAAUGUUUAAAGAUUUAUUAGAAUAUAUAUUUGAUUUGGAUAAUAUACAAAAGUUAUUUGAGAUAGAUUACAUAAAGACUUUAGAAGUAUUUCUGUAAGUUUUUUCAGAGAGAAUACAAGAAAAUUUCAAGUAAUUUUUAAAUGAAGGAAAAGAUAUAAACAUUGAAUUAUCUAAUGAAUUAAUGAAUGGUUAUUUGCCAGAAAUAUUGGGUAAAAAUAAUUAUUAAUAUUAUUAGAUAUCGAAUAAACAGAAUAUCAUCUAAGAAUUUUAUCUAAAAUUUAUGUAAUGGUAAAAAUGGCAGAACAAAUGUAUUAUAGUAAGUUAAAUAAUGGAAAAUAAAUAGAAGAAUAUAUGUAUUAUUCAUGUGCAUUUUCAACAAAUGUUUUUGGUAUUUGUCCAUUUUAUUUUAAUGUGAAUCAUAUUACGAUUAACCUUAUAAAUUAUAUGGAUGUACUAAGAUUUUAACAAAGUACUAUGUUUGACAUAACUUGGAUAUUAAGAGGGAGAGUUUAAAAAGACUUACCAGCUGAAUUAGUAAAGAAUGAAUUUUUACACAAAGUAAUGUUAAAAGUAGAGAAACAAUUUGAAGGACAAUUUAAAUUAUUAGAAGAAUUACGUUAAAAGGCAUAAGAAAGCAAUUGGUAUAAAUAGAAUUAAAUAUAAAAUAGGAUUUGGAUGGAAGCCUUUUGUUUAAUAAAAAUGAAACGAAUACCUGAAGCAUUAUAUUUAUAUAUGAGACAUCCAGAUACAAUGUUAUCUGAACGUGUUUUUACAGCAUUAGCAGUUCAAUUGAGAUCAAAACAAUAAGAUGAAUUCAUUUUAGAUUGGAUUUAUAAGAAUUUGGGUUUACUUGCUGCAGAGAAUUCACAAAAACUAUUUUAAUUACUUUAUACAUAUAAAAAGGAUGAAUUAUUGGAAGUAUUCAAAGAACUUAAACAAGCUGGAGUUGUAUUAGUAGAUUAAAAAAUAAAGAAUCAACAUUAGAUGAAUCUCUUAGAAGGAUUUAUAGAAUAUUUAAAGCCAAGAAUGUAAAUAGAUGAGAAUCUUUUGAACAUAUGAAAAGCAUGAC